CGUCACCGAUAGGCGGCCAAGAUGGUUGUCAAUGUUGAUAAGUGGUUUGGUUACACGGAGAAUCAGUAAUAAAGCCGCGACCGAUAGGUGCCUCGUGCGAGCGAAAUUAUGCCUGUGAAAUAGGGAUCGGCCUCGAAUAGAACGAAACAAAAGGCCGUCAUCGUGGCGCGGGAUGGCGGACGGUGAAGAUGCGGAACAAGAAAUUCGUCGAGCGUUAGAUGUCAUUCAAUCUAUGAUUGACAUCUCUGCUGAACGACUCGAAGGCUUGAGGACCCAAUGUUCCACCAGUGCAGAACUCACUCAACAGGAAAUUCGAACGCUCGAGGGAAAACUUAUCAAAUUAUAUUCAAAGCAACUUGUAAACAAAGCCAAAUUGGCUUUAGAAGAGUCAUUACCUGCAGAGAUGAAACAAUAUCCAUCUUUGCAGCAAUGGUUGAGAGUAGUGGGUCUUACUCAAGAAUCUAUUCAGAUGAUUUGUUCUAAAGCUAACUCGCUUGAAGCUCUUAAAGAGAAAUCUGAGCAUGAGUUAGGUAGUAUGUUGGGAGAAAGUAAUAUUAAACACGAAGAAGAAUUACGUAGAUUAUGUAGGGCAUUGCGCAAUCUUCGUCGAUAUAUGGAUGUUCUCCUAAGGGGAGAUAAAGAUAACAGUGAUAUGAAUUUAUAUUGGGAUUCUUGGGAUAGUCAUCACUUACGCACUGGAGCAUCUCCAAGGCCAGCAAGAUCCCGUACAACAAGAUGCUCUGUUCCUUCAGAAGACAGCAUUCCAUAUCAUAAUAAUAACAACAAUCUUAACAGUGAUAUAUUAGCACAAGCUUCUUCCGUUACAUCUUUAUCUUCAACUAGUCCUCCUUCUACCCCCCUUUUACAAAGACCAGGACGUGGAAUUAAAUUUCCAACAACUCCUCCUCCUUGUAAAAAACAUCAGAUAGGUUUACAGAAUACAAUAUCACAACCAGAAGUGUUUCCUUUAACUAAGUCAAAGUCUCAUGAAUCACAAUUAGCAAACCGUCUUGAAAAUGGGGAUACAGCUUCAAGUUGUGGGAAUGAUCCUGUUGGUUCUGUAGGAAGAAGAAACCGUUUACCUACAGAAUCAGGAUCUUGUAGUAGUAAUGCAGACAUCACAGCAGAAAAUCUACUGCUAAAUAGUAAUAGUCCUGUUAAGUCACCACCUUAUUCUAGUGCAGAAAGCGAUGAUAACAGUUUUAAGGGAACAGUAACAAGUCUCCAAGUGCCAAAGUCACCGCGUACUCCGACUGUAACCCGGGGAAUGGGCCAUAUAAUUGCUCACCGCUUUACCAAAACAUUUAAGAUGAUGACAACAUGCGACUAUUGCGAUAAGCAGAUGUUUAUAGGCACUGGUUUGAAAUGCAAAGAAUGUAAAUACAAGUGUCAUCGAGAUUGUGAAUCCAAAGUACCACCGUCUUGUGGCCUACCUCAAGAACUUUUUGACGAGUUUAAAAGAACCGUACAAGGUGACGGUAUGGUAAACGUUUCUCCAAUAUUAAGCAAACCUGGUAUAACAUCUCCUAAUCAUCAUAAUUCAAAUUUAUUGAGCUCCUUAAAUCGAAGAGAUCGAAAACGAUCGCAUCCACAUUCUUCUAUGAAUAUACCUUUUCAGGGCGCAGAUUCUAGUUCAAAUACCUCGAGCUGUAACAGCUCAACGCCUUCUAGUCCAGCUUUGCUACCUGCCAAUACUAGCCAAACUCCACAGGCACCUGCCAAACAACAGUUCCAUUUUCCAGAUGUUCUGCUCAAUGAAAAAGGUGUUACAUUAGAGACUCAUCGACUGGAAGGAACGACUAUGUCAAGUGAUAGUGAAAGAACAGUGAGCGUUUCAGGAUCAGGUAGCGUUAGCACAGAUUCAGAACGAACACCGGUUAGAGUUGAUUCGCUAGAUUCUCAAGUCUCUGAUGGAGAACCAGGAGACAGUCGUUGGCCACGACAGAAUAGUUUAUCUAUGCGAGAAUGGGACAUUCCUUAUGAUGAACUAAAAAUUGGAGAACCUAUAGGUACUGGAAGAUUUGGUACAGUGUACAGAGGCUAUUGGCAUGGUAAUGUUGCAAUUAAAGUCCUAAAUAUGGACUAUUAUUUAGACGAUGACAAAACGUUGGAAGCGUUUAAAUUGGAGGUAGCUACAUUCCGAAAAACUAGACAUGAAAAUCUAGUUUUAUUUAUGGGAGCUUGCAUGAAGCCUCCGCGUUUGGCGAUAGUGACUAGUAUGAGCAAAGGCAUGACUCUUUACACUCAUAUUCAUUUGCGUAAAGAUAAAUUUAAUAUGAAUAAAACCACUAUUAUCGCUCAGCAGAUUUCUCAGGGAAUGGGUUAUCUUCAUGCUCGUGGUAUAAUUCAUAAAGAUCUCAAGAGCAAAAACAUAUUUUUAGAAAACGGAAAAGUUGUAAUUACUGAUUUCGGUUUAUUUAGUGUUACGAAGCUUUGUUAUGGAAAUAGAAAAGGAAAUGCAUUGAGUAUACCACCAGGGUGGUUAUGUUAUUUAGCUCCUGAAAUUGUUCGACGAUUAAGACCGCAACAGAAUCGAGAUCAGGAAGAAUUACCUUUUACAGAAGCUUCUGAUGUUUAUGCAUUUGGGACAGUAUGGUAUGAGCUUUUAUGUGGAGAGUGGCCAUUUAAAGGACAACCUCCUGAAGCAAUCAUUUGGCAAGUUGGGAAAGGAAUGAAGCAAACUUUAGCUAAUUUGCAAGCCUCCCGUGAUGUAAAGGACAUCCUAAUGCUUUGCUGGUCAUACCAUGCAGAAAAUCGGCCCGACUUUGCAAAAUUGUUAACUACUUUGGAAAAGCUGCCUCGCAAAAGGUUAGCACGUAGUCCUUCUCAUCCUAUACAUCUUUCUCGUUCUGCAGAAUCCGUGUUUUGA